AUGGCAAGCCUUACAAGACAGAAGAUAUUUCGUUUCGCCAACUCGAGGAUCCUCCCUAGGACUUCACGCCCCGCCAACUUAGUUGGAUGUUCAAGUCGCGGGCUCGGAAAAGCCAUAGCGCUCCGCCUCGCUGCGGAUGGUUACGAUGUCUGCGUGAAUGAUGUGAGCGCUCACCGCGCUGGCUGCGAUGAAUUGGUUAAGGAAAUACAAAACAUGGGGAGAAACUCAUGUACCGCAAUCGCCGAUGUUACAAAGAGAGACGAAGUAAAGCAAAUGAUUCAAACUAGCGUUGAUGCGCUAGGACCUCUAAACACCAUGAUAGCCAAUGCUGGAAUUGCCCAGGUGAAGCCAGUCCUAGAAUUGACAGAGCAAGACUUCGAGCGCAUGUUCGCCGUCAAUGUGUUCGGAGUACAAAAUUGCUUCGCUGAGGCAGCCAAGCAGAUGAUUAUCCAGGGGAACUGUAAACCAGAUCACCCUGGGAAGCUCAUUGCCGCGGCUUCUAUCGUCGCAUUCAAGCCCUUCGUCAUGCUGCCGCAUUAUAGCGCUAGUAAAUACGCUGUCCGUGGUUUAACUCAAGCUUAUGCGAUGGAUAUGGCGGAUCACCAUAUCACUGCGAACGCAUAUGCGCCGGGCAUUGUUGGGACUGCUAUGUGGGAGUUAAUCGACGCGGAAACGGGUAAGAGAAAAGGCCUUCCGAAGGGCGAGGUAAUGAGAAGAAUGGUAUAUGAUAGCACUGCAUUGCAGAGAGUGAGUGUGCCAGAAGACGUGGCUAAGCUAGUCAGCUUCCUGGCUAGCAGUGAUAGCGACUUUGUUACUGGCCAGACGCAGCUUGUAGACGGCGGGAUUGUCUAUACCUGA